AUGACUGAGCACACGCCUCUGCGAGUCGUCAUAAUUGGAGGCGGCAUAGCCGGCCUUGCAGCGGCUCGAGUUCUCCGCGAGCAACAUGAUGUCACCGUCUACGAGCGCAACGCGUCCGACACAGCUGAGGCUGGAGCAGCCGUUGGUCUUGGACCUAACGGCACAAAGAUGGCAAAGUCUUUGGGACUUACCAAGGAGUCUCUGAAGGCUGUUGUGUCAAGCGGCUUUCGCACUUUCGACCAAACUGGAGCUUUACUCAAAGAAUCCCGAAUGGACUGUGCCAAGGCUUUUGGUUCAGAAUGGUGGAUGGUUCACCGGCAGGAUUUGAAAGACGCGCUUUUUGAGGCUGCGACCGGCGAGGGAUUGGAAUGGCCUGGGAAGCCAGCAAAGAUCGUUCUUCAGUCACGUGUUGAAAAUGUUGACCCUGAAAAUGGUUUGAUCCAGCUGGGGGACGGAUCGAUAGUUGAAGCUGACUUGAUAAUCGGUGCUGAUGGCAUCCACUCAAAGACACGGGCAGCUGUUGUCGGGCUGGAACAUCCACCGCCAGUGCCAGCCAACAUCUCACUGUACCGUUUCACAGUUCCUCUCUCCCAGGUAACGGAACUUCUUGGAGAAAUACCAGAUGCUUUGAAGUCUGAAGAGGGAACAUUCUUGGCCUCAUUCAUCGCGGCAGAUGGGUCUAACAGGAAUGCUGUGAUCUAUCCGUGCAGAAACAGAGAAAUCAUGAAUUUCGCCUGUGCUGUCCCGGACUCUAUUCUUAAACAACAAAGUCAAGAGUCAUGGACUCAAAAUGGCGACCUUGAAGAGAUGAUUCGCCAUUUUGAAGACUUUCCGCCAUGGUUGCACACCAUAAUGAGGAGUCUGUCAACUGUCAAGCUUUAUCAGUUAAGAGACGCUGAUCCUCUUCCUUCUUACACAAGAGGGCACGUGGCACUUAUCGGAGAUGCCGCUCAUCCUAUGGUACCUUACCAGGGUCAAGGUGCAAAUCAAGCACUUGAGGAUGCUGAAGCCUUUAGACUUUUCUUGCGACCAGGUCUUACGUCAAAUGACCUCGCUGGGUUAUUGAAGACAUGGGAUAGUGCGAGGCGACCGAGAGCUUCUCAAGUUCAACUGAACUCAAGGGUUGCAGCUGCCAAGGUUUCACCCGAAGUCAUCUUGCAGAGAAUGAGAUUCAACUGGACGUAUGAUGGAAUCGAGGAGUUACUCAAGUCCAAGGAUCAUUAA